UGAGGAGCCCCGUAUGGAGCCUGAGGGGAAUUGGGGCCCCAGAGGAAGUUUUUUUUGCGUGGACGGAGAGUGUGGGAGCCCCGCUGCGAUGGGUCAUCGCCACGGUCCGGUUGGGGAGUCGGUGUUCUUAUGAAGCGUUUCUCUACCAUCCAUUCACUAUACAUUCACUAUCUUGUCUCCCAUCCCAUUCACCAUCUCGCGAACAUUCCCAUCCGGGAUUACGUCUGGCGUGCCGUGAAGUGCUUUCCUAAAGCUCUCUGAAAGAUGGGCAUCCUCGCCAAAAUCGAGGACAGGCCAACGCCGAAGGAGGUCUACAACUGGCGCGUCUACGUCUCCGCCGCAACAGCAUCCUUUGCCUCGUGCAUGAUCGGCUACACGACCUCCUUCAUCGGGACCACCGUCUCGCUCAAGUCAUUCAAGGAUGAGUUCGGCCUCAGCAGCAUGAGCGCGAGCCAGGCGAGUCUGAUACAGGCGAAUAUUGUCUCGCUAUUCCAGGCGGGCGCCUUCUUCGGGUCCAUCUUUGCGUAUUCGACGGCGUACUAUCUUGGCCGGAGGAUCACGUUGUGGACGUUCGUUAGCAUGUUCAUUGUGGGGGCAUGUAUUACGUUUGCGGCUAUUGGGGGCAACAUUGGGCCUAUGUAUGCGGGGCGCGUGAUCUCCGGGUUUGGGGUUGGAGGGUGUACGAUGAUUGUACCGAUUUAUAUCUCGGAGAUCGCUCCUCCGGCUAUCCGUGGCCGUCUUGUGGGCACGUAUGAGCUCGGAUGGCAGAUUGGCGGUUUGGUCGGCUUCUGGAUCAACUACGGAAUGACACAAAGUCUGCCCUACGGCCGGAAUCAAUGGCUUAUCCCCUUCGCCGUGCAACUAAUCCCUGCAGGCAUCGUCCUCAUCGGCAGUCUCCUUUUUCUGCGCGAAAGCCCCCGCUGGCUGUGGACGCGUGGCCGACGCGAAGAGGGCGUAGCCACCCUCUGCUGGCUGCGGAAGCUUCAACCUGACGACAUGUACAUCCUCGAGGAAAUCGAAAUGAUGGAUCUCCAGAUCCAGGGCCUGCCGUCCGGUUUCCUCAAGCCGAUCCGCCUCGCCCUAACCGACAGCAAGGUUCUCUGGCGCCUCUUUCUGGGACACAUGUUGUUCGUGCUGCAGAAUUUCUCGGGAAUCAACGCCAUCAACUACUACUCCCCUACCAUUUUCGAAACCAUGGGCGUCACGUCCAUCAAAACCGUCGACCUUAUGACCGGCCUCUUCGGCGUUGUAAAAUGUAUCAUGACUAUCCUCUGGCUAACUGUCCUUAUCGACAAGUUGGGGCGCCGCACGCUCUUCCUCUUCGGCGGCACCGUCGGCGCGGCCUGUAUGUUCGUCAUCGGCGCACUCAUCGCUUCCAACCCUUCUUCCUCUACCACGAAUUCCUCGCUCUCAUCCCAAGGCAUCGCUACUAUUGUGGUCAUCUACUUCUGGACCUGCGUCUACAUCACCUCCUGGAACGGCACACCCUGGGUCGUCAACGCAGAGAUGUUCAGCCAAGCCUCCCGGAACGUCGGGCAAGUCGGCGCCUCCAUGUCCAACUGGCUAUGGACGUUCGUCAUCGCGCGGGUGACGCCGAACAUGGUGGCUGGCAUGGGACGCAAUGGGUUUGGGAUGUAUUUCUUCUUCGGGGCGGUGACUGUGUGCGCGGUGGUAUUUACAUUUUUCCUGGUGCCCGAGACGAAGAGCGUGCCGCUGGACCGCAUGGAUCGGCUGUUUGAGGUGAAGCCGGUGUGGAAGGCGCAGGGGCUGGUGAUGGGGGAGUUGGCGGAGAGCAGUCUGGAGUGGGCAAAGGUAGAUCGGAAAGAUGAAGGUGAGGCGGAGAGGGUGGAUGGGGUAUGAGGCGUCAGAACGCGAAUGUUGUUGUGAAAAGUACUACCUGUGCAU